GCCUCUGCCGCGCCGCCGACGACAAAACUGCUUCGCCGCCGACUCGUCAGCCGUGGCCCUCCUGCCGGGCAGCGGCCGCGCGGCCUGCGGUGCGCCUCCGACCGGGCGCGGCCCGGGCGUGGCCGCGCCCCCGGCGCCGGCCUGCUGCGAUGGCCGCGGCGCCGGCCGGCACCGGGCUGGCGCCGGAGGGCCCACCGACCCCGCCCCUGCACAUGGUCUCCCGGGUCCUGACGCCGGCCUUCGCCUCGGCGCUGCGGCAGAGCCCGGUGCUCCUGCGGCAGCUCUGCGGGCAGCUCUUCCGGAGGCACGACGCCAACGGGGACGGCGUGCUGGAGCGCGAGGAGGCCCGGGCCCUGGCCCAGGAGCUCAGCCGGACGCUCGCGGUGCCCAUCUCGCCCGCGAGCCCGCUGUCCGGCGGCGGCGCGCCGGUGACCCUGGAGGAGUUCUGUGGCUGGCUGCCCAGGGUCCUCGGCAUGGACGUGCAGGUCUCCGACGACGAGGCCCCCGGGGCCGCGCGGGGGGCGGGCCCGCCGCCGCGGCCGGCGGAGCCGGCGGCGCAUCCGCUGCCAGCGCAGGCGUCGGAGGCGGAGGAGCCCCAGACGGCGCGCCCGCGGCGGGGCAUCGCGCCGGGCUACACGACGGCGCUGAUGGCGUCGCCGGCCGUGCUGGACACGCUCAUCAGGUGCUAUUUCCGGAGGUACGACGCCGACCAGAGUGGUUUUCUCGAGUAUAGCGAGGUGUUGCAGCUCACUCAGGACAUCGUGCAGGUCAUGGCGGUGCCUUUCAUGCCCGAGGGCCACCACUUGCGGCCGUCGAUCGUCCAGUUCAGCGCGACCGGGCGCGAUUCCCUAAGCCUGGACGAGUUCCGACUGUGGUUUCCCACCGUGCUGGGCUUGGAGCCUUCCGGCUCGCCGUAGGGCUUUGCCCCGUCGCCUGUCUGCUGGUGACUGGCGACAGGUCGCGCACGGGAAU